AUGGGGACUCAUUUUCUUUGUGCCGCCUUCGCCUUCGUGCAGCUGGUGCUGUUCUUAAGCGUCGCUGGUAUCGUCAAUGGGCUGGACGAGCAGCACUCGAGCUACGAGGGCAACUACGGCACAGCCAGGUUGGUGCUCGGCAGGCCCGACGACUCGGGUGCCUCCUGGAACUACGCGAACCUGAACGAAUGGCCGAGCCUGUGCUUGACGGGGAGCAGACAGAGUCCGAUUUCCUUCACGAACGUGAAUCCCGACGAGGUGGUCACCAGCGCCCCACUGCAGCGACUGAAGUUCUCCUCCACGUGCGUUUUUCCACGUGAGGUGACAAAAAUGCGAAUCGUAAACGAGGGCGCCGUAAACACGGUGAGCUUUGAGCGACUGGGAGGCUCGCCGGACGGCUUGAGCGAGUGCACGGUGCUCGACCCGCUGAACAGCUCGCGCACCUACCACUUCACCGGCCUGCACUUUCACGUGAUGUCGGAGCACCAGUUCCGCACGUUGCGCCCCGAUGCGGAAAUGCACCUUUCCUUCACCACAAAUGAUGAGAAGGAAAAGACACGAAAGACACUCACGGUGGCGGUGAUGCUAAAAGCCUCCACCACGUCCAACAGCACCUCGGUGCGCACACUGCGGCACAUUCUCGUGGACGGCUCACUGCCGAUGCGCCACGCCAUGACGACUUGCUUCCUGAAAGAGGAUCUCGCCCUCACCUCGCUAAUUCCGGCGCGCGAGAGCUACUUGCUCUACGACGGCUCCCAGACGCACCCGCCCUGUACCGAAAAUGUCCGCUGGGUGGUGAUGACGUCGCCCAUUUUUAUCUCUCGUGUGUCACUUGGAAGGCUGCGCGACGCGAUGGAUGCCCUGCUGCCGAACGACUUUCACCGAUUCGGUAGCGCCCGUCCACCACAGACUCUCAAUAGUCGCCACAUUUAUCGCUUCGACGACAUAUCCGUUCCACCGGGCGGCAGCAGGCGAAAAGGCAAGCUUGGAGAUGCGUGGAGUCGCAAGAAGAAGGGCUCGGCGAAUCUCUCCGCACGUGUGCGGACAGAGAGCAUGUCGGCAGGGUCGGCCACUGACUUCUAUGAGCACAACAACGGGCUUCUUGUCAAACCUUUCGUGUCAUUAUCGUCAGACUCUGGCUCGGCGUCAGGCAGUCAUACUGUUCGCCUGUCUUCGCCACUUGUAUUGGACGCCGAAGGGCGCAACAGCAGACCAUUGGCUCCAACGGCAGUGAAACUCGACACGGAGGCGGCCGGGCCGAUUUCUGAGUCGGAUGCCCACGAAAGUCGCUCAGACAACUCAGAGGCAACUACAAACUCAAGCUCAGCGCCUCAGGCGAGCACCUCCUCGUCUGUCUCCGCAUCCAGCUCCAAUGUGAACGUCUCCGCUGAGUCAUCUCACCCUUCUGAGUCGUCAGCGCAGGCCCUGUCUAAUGACUCUAAGCCACAGUCAACGACGACGACCACCACCACCACGAAUAGUCCGUCGGACCCGGGGAGAGAGAUGAACGCUAGUGACUCCUCGAGCACGGCCGACAUUGGUUCGGGGUUUGGGAAUUUCCUUGAGUCUCCCGUGACAAGGGCAUGGGUCUUUCUGAAGACCUUCAGCAUCAACGCCUUUCAGGCCAUUGUAGCCUACGCCAAGGCAAACCCGGUGCGUGUGGGGGUCUCUCUGCUGUGCAUCAUCGCACUCAUCUUUCUUUUCCGCACGUGCUACCGCGGGUGGAGGCGGCCGGUAUAUGUGGUGGGGAUCAACCCCACAGAGCUCCAACCUCUUAACCCUGACAACCGGUUUGAGUUCUACGGCGGUACGGUGCCCGUGAGGCCAGCCCGUGCGAGCUCGGCGUAA